AUGUCUGUAGUUGAAGUUACUUCUCUUGAGAUGGCAAAAGAAGUACUAAAAACUCAUGACCUAGCUUUUGCAUCUAGGCCUAAACUUGUGGCCAUUGAGAUUGGCUGCUAUAACGGGACAGAUAUAGCCUCUUCUCGCUAUGGCGCUUACUGGAGACAAAUACGUAAAAUUUGUGUCUUGGAAUUGCUUAGUGCAAAAAAUGUCCGAUCGUUUAGUUCGAUCCGACGUGAUGAAGUUUGUCGUCUCAUUGAAUAUUUUCGAUCAUUACCUGCAUUUGGAAAAGUAAUCAAGGAGCAAGACGAAUGUAUGCGACUAAUCAAAGAAGUUUCAGGAUUAGUAGGAGGAUUUGAUGUAGCUAACAUAUUCCCUUCACUGAAGUAUCUUCAUAUGCUAAGUGGAAAGAAGGGUAGAAUUAUGUAUCUGCACCAUAAGAUAGAUGCUAUUGUUGAGAAUGUCAUCAAUGAGCACAAGCAAAAUCUUGCAACUGGCAAGAUGAAUGGUGAAUUAGGAGAUGAAGAUCUAAUUGAUAAACUUCAUCAUCAAAUAAUUACUUGGGCCAUGGAAGAAAUGAUGAAGAAUCCAAGUGUACUCAUCAAAGCUCAAGCUGAGGUAAAAGAUGCCUUUAAAGGUAACGAAACUUUCGAUGAAAAUGAUGCAGAGGAGUUGAAAUACCUAAAUGGAAGAAGGAUUUGCCCUGGGAUAUCAUUUGGUUUGACUAAUGUUUAUUUGCCACUGGCUCAACUAUUGUAUCACUUUGAUUGGAAUCUUCCUACCGGAAUCAAUCCAAGUGACUUUGACUUAACUGAAUCGGUUGGAUUAGCUGUUAUUAGAAAGAGUGACCUUUACUUGAUUGCAACUCCUUAUCCACCUUCGCCAGAGUAA